AGCGGCUGUGGUCUGGUCUGGUCUGGUCUGGCUUGGCUUUGCUUGGCUUUGCUAGCAGCUAGCUCCGACACCGACACUCAGGACAGUAUAACCCCCCACACCCCCACACCCCCUCGUCUGGCUGCUGCAGACCUCGUCCAUGUCUGAGCUGUGGGCCUAGAACUAGGCUGAAGGUUGGAUCUGUCCAAUGACCUGCCAGUCCUCCGAGUCCACAGACACCAUCGAGAGCGACAGACGAGCCGACAACAACUCCAGGGCUGUGGAAUCGGACGAGAGUCGCAUCGCCUCAGCCAUGAAAGACCUGAAGAACACAGGCUGGUACUGGGGCAGUCUAACCGCCACUGAAGCCAAAGAGAUCCUGCAGGACGCCUCGGAGGGAACCUUCCUGGUGCGGGACAGCUCUCAGAGGGAUUACCUGUUCACCAUCUCAGCCAUGACGUCGGCGGGUCCCACCAACCUGCGCAUCGAGUACAAACACGGGAAGUUCAAGCUGGACUCGGUGGUCCUGGUCAAGCCCAAGCUGAAGCAGUUCGACAGCGUGGUCCACCUGGUGGAGCACUACGUCAUGCUGUCCAGGACCAGCGACAAGGCGGCAUCGAACUCUCAGCCCUCAGCAGCACCGCCCAACGGCACGGUGCAGCUGCUGCUCACCAAACCCGUGUACACGGCCACGCCCUCGCUGCAGCACCUGUGUCGCAUCACCAUCAACAGGAGGACGCGGCGGGUCCAGGAUCUGCCGCUGCCCAACAGACUGAAGGACUACCUGACAGACUACGCCUACAACGUGUAGACAGGGGGUGGGGCUACAGCUCAGCUCAAUGCAUCAGCUGACCACUGACCAGUCCCAUCACCUGCUCUACAGGUACCCGGCAGGGACACGCAAUAACCAGGCUGAGGUCUCCCUCCAGACGGGGGUCAGAGUCUCAGCUGGAGGUCUGCAUCCUGAUCACAGACACUUCAGGGUGGAGGCGGAGCCACCAACACUGAGGUACUGACCCUGACCACGACACAAGCAACACAAUACCCCCCCACCACCACCACACAGUCACACUUCCUGGUCUCCUUUCAAAUUAAAGCUCCAAACCAGAUUCCCAUCUUUUAUGAACAAAUAGACUCAUUAGUUUCUAGUUUCUAAUAAUAAAAUGUUCUAAUUUCCCACAGUCCAAAUGUCUUUAAACGUUUCGUUUUCAGGUCACUAUGACAGAAACAGGAGAUCCGUGACUCUGGCCUGAAAAAUCAUCAACAAAUACAAAAGUUAAAACCACAACAGGAUCACAAACAAACAGAGAGAAAGAAGUUUCCAGUUUUCUGCUGCUCAGUGAAUGAUGACUGACGACUGUUUGAUCACCAAAUAAUUAAAGAUCAAUUUCUAAUAUUGUUGCAGCUCAAACUUGAGCUGACGAUUAAACUACUGUCACGAUGGACGAGAAGCAGGAAGUGUCAUUUGAACUGGAUAAACUUUAUUGAUACAGGACUUUCAAAACAAUCGUUACAAAACAUUAACUAAUUAUUAGUUAGCAGUUAUUCUGCAGGUGAAUUAUAACAGUUUAAUAAUCAUGAAGUGGAACUACACUGUUUGUCCUGCAGCUAUUGAUUGCUGUCAUCAUUGAUUGGUUUAUUAAAUGUCAAACGGUUUCCCAGGGCAACGUGGUGUUUUUUUUGGUCAAGUAAAGGUCGGUUCAAUAAAGUUGAAUGAACCAGCUGAGUCCGAUUAAAGUAAAUCUACUCCCACGCUCACCAUCGACCCCUAAAUAAUAUCUCUGAAGCUUUGUUUUCUUGUUAUUCCUAUCUGUAAACACAGGGAACGGAGCCAUCUGAUUGGCUGAAGUGAAAAGUUCACCUGCGGCCAAACGUCAGUGAGGUUUCUCCUGAUUGAUGAGCAGCGUAGAAAGCAAACUCUUUCCUCUGAACACACGUCAGACUCUGUCAUGUUUGACUUUGUACCUGCUGGAUGUAGUACUCUGUAACUGUGGACCAAUCAGAUCGCAGGAAAACACAACACCUGUUGAUACUACGCUGCUGUAACUCUGUACUGAUCCUCCGUUUCACAUGUUCCCAAAAUCAGUUCUUUUAUCCAGAGCUGAAUAAUUAUUCGAAAUAUAAUUUAAAUCUCAAUAUGAACGAGUGAAAUAUUCAAAUCUCAGCAGCUGCAGUUUUUCUGACAAAGGUAAAAUGUGUCACAUUGUUAGCAUUAGCAUUGUUAGCACCAUCAGCGUCCCUUCCAACUCAAAUCGCAAUGUUUUAUUUAUUUAUUUAUUUUGCAUAUCGUGCAGCCUUAAUUUCGUCCAUUAAUCAAUUAACAGAAUUUUCUCGGAGUCCAAACUUAAUGAUCAGAUUAACGAUCAAUCGACUGACGAGUUGUUUGAGAACGACUCUCCACUUCUCAUUUAAAGAACCUGCAGCAGGAAACAAUAUUAAUAUAGCAGCUGAUCUUUUCCUGAGUGGAAGUAGGUCUAACGUCUCAACCUGCGACUGAAAACUGAAUAACAUUAAAAAACAAGAUCAUAGAUCUAAAAAUAAGGGAAAGAAAAACUCUGCAGGAGAGAUGUUUGUGUUCAGUCUUCACUCCUUCAAGUGACCAGUAAUAAAAAAUCUCAGAAACUCAGUUUUAAAUGUUGAUGACAUUUUAACAAUGUGAUAAUAAUCAAUGGUAAAAUCAGCUCUGAGGUCAGAGGUCACCCUCCGUGUUGGCGUCACUCCUCCAGUCUGUCAGGGUUCAGGUGUCAGGGUGAUGUGGUCAUGUGACAGUGGGUCACUCAGGUAAAUGGGACUUUGUUAUUGCACACGUUUGUCCGCAGGUUCGAUGCUCGUACUGUUGCGUCUGACACUGUGUGAACUCUCCACCACGUUUCUGUCAGUGUGGAUUAUUCUCAUGUUCCUCUUCUGUUUGUAUUUUUGUAUGGGGGGGGGGGGUAAUCAUGGAUGAGGGGGUCACUUCUUUCCUCCCUCAGCUACAUGAUGAAGUGGAGGAACAGUCUGUUUCCUGUUUGCAUGAUGAAUGAAUAAAUCUUUAUUACAUGAAACAAUGAGUAGGACAAUAACUGUACAUAUCUCUGCUGUGGGCCUGAACCUGCAGCUCAGCCUGUUUGAUUUUAUAAAUAUUUAUUGAUUGUGUCACACUGUGUUUUCUGGUACAGUUUUUGACUCUGAGCAUGUGUCGUCCCUGACGCUGGCGGGCGGCGAGCUGCAGCAGCUCCGCCUCUGUAACGUCGAUCAGCUCCAACCAUGAGAAAUAAAGUUUUAUAUGGUGCUUCA